CAUGGCAGGACGCGAAACCUACAAUGGUACUCGCCGUAAAUUAGCUAUUGCCUUCGACCUCGGAACAACAUUUUCUGGAAUAUCAUACAGUGUUCUUGAUCCCGGUAACAUCCCGAAAAUCAAAGGCGUAACAAGAUUUCCGUCGCAGGAACACGUUGGGAGCGACGCGAAAAUUCCGACAAUAAUAUACUACGAUCAGGAGGGGAACGUUAGAGCAGUCGGUGCCGAAGCUCUUAAGCAAAACAUCAUUGAACAAGCCGAGGACGAGGGAUGGGUGAAAUACUCAGGGUUCAAGCUCCACCUUAGUCCCAAACAGAACUAUCCCCCUCACAUCAGUUUGAACCUCCCACCUCUCCCCCCAAAUAAGACUGUCGUUCAAAUUUUUUCCGAUUUUUAUGCGUAUCUCUUCCAAUGUGCGAAGUCUUUUAUUGUCGAAACCCAUCAAAGUGCCCUUCUCUUCUGGAAUUCGGUCGAGGAUCAUGUCGAGUUCAUUCUAUCUCAUCCCAACGGAUGGCAGGGCGCACAACAAUCGCAAAUGCGGCAGGCCAUAGUUGAUGCUAAACUAGUUCCGGACAACGAUGAAGGCUACGCUCGAGUACAAUUUGUUACGGAAGGCGAAGCGAGUUUGCAUUUCUGCAUACACCACGGUCUUUCAUCCUACCUGAAGGACAACGAGGCUGUUGUCAUCAUAGACGCUGGCGGAGGGACCGUUGAUAUUAGCAGCUACACGACUGCACCUUCAAGUACCCCGAAUGUCAAAUCUUUUCAAGAGGUCGCAGCGCCUCAAUGCCAUUUUACCGGCUCUCUUUUCGUCACACAACGCGCUAAAGCAUUCAUACAAGAUAAAUUGAAGGAUUCAAAAUUCGCUGAGGAGGUUGAGAACAUCGCUGAGUGCUUUGAUAAGACUACCAAAUUUCGCUUCAGGAAUUCAGAGGAGCCAGCCUAUGUCAAAUUCGGGUCGAUGAAGGAUAAAGAUCCCGCGUUAGAUAUCCGUUCCGGGCAACUCAAACUGGCAGGGAGCGAGGUCGCCGGUUUUUUUGAGCCUUCGGUGAAGGCUAUCAUUGAGGUUGUUCAUGACCAGCGCUUUGUGUCCGCCAAGACAGUAUCGACGGUCUUCCUUGUCGGCGGAUUCGCCGCCAAUGAUUGGGUGUUUCUUAAGCUUCAGGAGUACCUGACAACGCUUGGCAUAUCAUUCUUUCGCCCCGAUAGUCAUGUAAACAAGGCAGUUGCAGAUGGCGCAAUGGCAUUCUACCUUGAUCAUGCAGUUACAGCUCGUGUGUCCAAAUUCAGCUACGGCGUGCGCGUGAACAGGAAAUUUGUCCCCGGAGAUGCUGAGUACGAAAGACGCAGAAACAAUGCAUACAUCGAUGCCGACGGUGAACUUAGGAUAGGAGGUCAGUUCAGUAUAAUGUUGUCUAAGAAUACUCAUGUUUACGAUGAUACCGAAUUCCGCCAUGUAUAUCACAGGACUAAUGAACACCUGUCUGAGCUUUCUGCUAUAUCAGUUGACGUUUUAUAUUACCGUGGAUCGAACGAGAACCCUCAAUGGAUCGAUGUCGAGCCUGAUAUGUAUUCUAUCCUGUGCAGUAUUACUGCUGAUACCCGAGAAGCUGCAAAAAGGCUGAAACUUCAGAGGAGACCAGAUGGCAAAAGCUUUUUUAAGCUCACCUACGAUGUCGUCCUGCUUUUCGGGAAGACUGAAUUAAAAGCUCAGAUCUGUUGGAAAGAAGAUGGUGUUGAAAAGCGCGGUCCUGCUCGAGUCGUAUACGACCGAGACCUCUGAGACUAGACACGCAUAUUGCGAUCAUUAUAUAUGUGUAUACUAUCUUUCUACAUACUUAGAUUAACAAUGGGAUGGACAGUGCCUGAACUUCGUGCUUUGGCUAAGUUAAGCCUUGCGUCAGGAGUCAGAACGUGAGUUUCUUUACCAGUUUAUAUGUAUAAAUUUAUGCUUUACACGGAACACUUUCCACACCAAUUACAUCGUGCACUAUCUCAGCAUACUUGUAUUCGCUCCGGUACAAUCCUCUAAAAUUGCGUUCGAUCCCCU